CGUGGCCAUUUCGGCUGCCGGCUCAAGGCUCGCGCCGUCGAACACACAACCUAACUCAUCCACAUAUAUAUCCACGUAUUGCGCUCGAACUUUUGGUGUUGUAGCGUGCUGCUGGCAAUGAUGUUUGCUGCUUCCCACUAUUUUGUCAUAUUGCAUCUGGUACCCGUCCAUGCGAUCGGCCUUCAGCGGUACGGGAGGGAGAGUUUGACUGAGACUGCGAAGUCUGUUGACGAGUCGGAUGGGAAUGGUCUCAGGUCCCGCGUCACGUCAGAUGAUACGGCGGCGUGGAUCGCCCUGAGCGGAAAUCUUGGCGGUAGCUCCCGCGUCACUGUAUAUGACGCAGCGGAAUGGACCGCCCUGGGCAAGAUGAAUAAGGUAGGCGUCACCCGUUACCAGAGCCGCGCCAUCGAGAGGAGGCAGAGAGAGGAUGGCGAGCUCUUCUGGCCCGACUCGGCCAACCGCGAUGCGGAGCAGCGAUACUCUGGCGCGAAGGACCUCACUGAGUCCGUGUCCUGGGGCUGGCACCAUCCGGCUGGCCUCUACGCCACCAUCCCGGUGGGCAGCCCACUCCUCGACGCCGACAUGAACAUCUAUCUCGGCUCCGACGACGCGAUCCGCAAGUUCGACAUCAACGGCAGCCUCCUGUGGAGCUACGCGCCCCGAGGUCAACUCGCAGCUGCACCCACCCUGUCCACGGGCUGCGCCCCCCGACAGGCGGCGUCUGUGAUGGACGACAUCACUUCCGAGGAGGAGGAGCUGCUGCGACCAGACUGGGUCAAGGGCAACGGGUCGGACAUGAUGCAGCGCUUCGUGCAGUUCUUCCAGGACUUCAAGAUUGGCGACCGCGUCAAGGUGAAGGCUGGUGCGAGCUACAGGGUACACGGCGAGGAGCUCUUCUCGGCUGGAGACGAGGGGGUGAUCACCAGUAUUCUUCCGGACGAGGAGGGCAAGUACGAGGUCGUGGUCCAGUGGGCGCUCACCGGGCGCCAGAGCUCGAUACAGUUCGACGACGUAAAGAAGCACUUCGUGCGCCUGGAGCGGAAGUCCGCCACGUGCACCCCGAUGCUCAUCGGGAGCACCACGUCCAGCACGGGGGGCUCCGGCCUCGUGUUCGCCAUCGAUCUCGCGAUGGGGCACGAGCAGUGGGUCCUCCAGGGCAACUACCAGAUCGCUGGCGUCAAGGGGGCUCUGGCCUCAAAGGACGGCAUCGUAGUCGUCGCAACCAACCGCUGCACCGACCGGUACUGCUACAGGUAUCGCAACCAGACUAACACACUCACGCCAGGCAACACCGUGGUGCGGGGCCUGAACGUUGCGGAUGGCUCUCAGGUCUGGGCGUACGUGCCCAACGCGCCGGUUUGGAAUAUGAACCCGGUCUGGGGCCCGAGCGGCAGCGUGUUUUUCAACGAUCAAGAAGGCAGGCUGUAUUGCCUGGAGCUCGCGACUGGCGUUGAAAUUUGGCAAGCUGGUGGCGAGCUCGGCACGUACACCGAGGCAGCCGCUGUAUACGAUACGGGCCCCCACCAUAACGUGUAUGCUUUCGGCAUGUUGCCCUACACUGGCACGGGCUGCAAUCCUUACACCGCGCCUGGCGUCCUUCCCAGUUGCGGAAACGCGCCCUUCAGACAAGGCAUUAUCCGCGCCUACAACGCCACCUCGGGCCGGCUCCGCUGGGAGCGAGUCACGCCACACCCGCCCGCCAGCGGAGCCGUGGGCAUGCUCAACAGCCCCAGAUUCCACACCCGCCUGGUGGUCACCCUGGGCUACAACUGCGGACACAACUCCCCCACCAUGAUCUGGUCCGUGGAUCCCCACAGCGGCGGCGUCCGGUUCAACAAGGACGGCCCGACGCUGUGGAGCAGCAUGUGCGCUGGCGACAAGGAGGGCGGCGACGUCCGCCGGGCCUUCGGCGGCCGCGCCACGUGCAGUCCCGGCAGCUGGUCCGCACCAGUCAUCGACCGGGAUGGCGACAUAUACGUCGGAAACCAAGUCGGCGAGUAUCAGAGGUGGGGCUCGCCGACCGAGAGGAACGAAGACGUCGAGGCGCUCUCCAGCUUGGUGACGGGCGUGGCCUUCCAGGACGCGGCCACCGCGCUCGCCGACGGCGUCAUGGCCGUGGCCACGUGCACCUCCCUCAUCGUCUUCCAGACAGGCUUCCAGGAUCAGUUCGAGAACAAGACCUGGACCUUCCCCGCCCGCGGUUAGCCGCUCUGUCUUCUGGUGGGUCGUGAGCAGAGUGCUCACAGAACUUCAGUGCGUAGCGCUUCGGCUGGUCCGCAGUCUUGGCCGCCCUGCCGCCCAAGAAUUGGGUGUGGCGCUCUUGCUGCGGCGCCGAACGGCCGCUCGCCUCGACAGGAAGUCGGGGGGGCGGGGGGGGCGCCAGCUCGCCCCGCGCCACGCGGGGGGGCCACCCUGGCCCAGCAGCUCCCCUGUUAUAUAUGGCCGCCCUGGCCGCUUCGGCCACCUGAUGGGCACAGCUUCGCUGCUCACCGCCGCUCGCCGCUGCGCGGCUCCGCGGGCCGAGCGAGCAGCUGCGGCUUGGAUCUUCCGGCCCCGCCCGCGGCCCGCCGUGGCGCCAGCCGCCCCUGCGGGAGCUGGCGUGCGGGUCUCGCGGCGGGCCUGCUGGCCUGGAGGCGAUCCGCCCGGCUCCUCGCCGAGUGCGUGUCGAGGCCCCUUCUGCCCGCUGUGCCUGCAGUGUCGUGGGCCGAGGACGGCCAA